AUGCAGCAAGGAGUUUUGACGCUUCGUCUCGGACAACACGGGAUCUUUGUGAUCAACAAGCAAGCUCCAAACAGGCAAAUUUGGCUUUCUUCCCCACAAAGUGGUCCAGCACGCUUUGACUGGUUACCAGGCCAGGGUUGGGUGUACCGUCGCACAGGAACAGAGCUCAUGUCUCUCUUGCAGACGGAGUUACGCACAUGCUUAGGCACUGGAGUUGUGCCGUCCCUGGCCCUACACCGUCCUAUAUAG